AUGGAUCAUAUCGUGGCCCUCUUUGACGCAAAUUUGACUUCGUACACCUCAGAAGACUUUACUGAAUCGCAGGUGUUGGACUUGGUAGAUGCAACCGUGUCUUGGUUGAGUGCCCACAGACAGUCUUCUCCUUAUGCCAUUUGGAACUUGUAUGGCUUCUCGACCAAUGUCCUGCACUCUUGUUCUAGCUAUAGCAUUAUUAACGAGAAGCUUGCUGGGGAACUCCAGGCCCCAGAAGCAGUCAGGCGCUCGUUGGGAGAAGCCCUUCGCUACUGCCCCCAAGCCACAUCAGUGACCGGGCUUGCGCUUCUCUCGGCUAUUGCUGCUGUGGCGCGUGUUCAAAGUAUUGUGAGUUCCCUUUCCGAAUCUAGCGGCAUCAACAUGAUGUACCAUGGGCGCAUUCUUAUUAUAACAGCGUCUGGUGUACAAGAUUCUGAAGUCGUUAAUUCAGCACUCUUUUCAGCGAAGCGGUUUAAUGUCAAGAUAGAUAUCGUCUCACUGACCACCAUCCCCGACGUUAACAUCUUCUUGAGGCAGGUCGCCUACCUAACGGCCAGCAAGUUUUCCAAUGUGCCGAAGCCCAAGGCUUCCGGUAGUAGUGUCUCCUACUUCACUACGCACAUCUUCAAGGCUUCUCCUGCUGCUGAGUGGAGGUCGCUACAGCUCAAUGAUGGUGCUAGCGCCGGAAUGUACCAUCGGGAAAAGCGGCUUGACUUCAUGGGAGAGUGCAGUGUUUGUCAUGCUAACAUAAGCCAUGGGAUUGCCUGUGCUGUCUGCUUCACUCUUCAGUGUGAUACUUGCUUCAACGGCUCUUGCCCCACUUGUCCUGCUACAGUGUAA